AUGACGAUCGAAGACAUCAAGACUGUGUAUCAGCAGAAGCAUAACCUCCCCUCUACCUACCAGAAUUUCGCACACGGCAAUCCGUACAAUCAUGGAACGGUACCAACAGCGACGACAAAGGGCGCAGUCCUAGGGACCAGCAUCAAGAUGGCCGUCCCUACGGAUCCAGUAAAGACUGCGGACGCGGCGCAAGCCACUCCACUGCAAGGUCUGCAUAAAGUCAGUGUGGUCCGCAAUCCGAAGUUCAAAGCGAAGGGUACUGGGGACUUUGCUGGCGUCUGUCGAAAGUUCGAAAUUACUCCCACCUUGCCGACGCCGUUCACCAUCAUUCACACUAUAGUGGACGGUACUGGGCAAGCUCUCGCAAACGUUGGGCAAGCAAUCACCAAUGCCUUCAGCCCCGACUCCAGCCAGGCCAGUCAUCCUCGUGUGGUGACCCGUAUGGUGAAUAAGCCCGACUCAUCAGGCAAGGUCGGACAUCUUGACGCGACCAACGUACAAAACGACUCUGAAUACCUCGCGCCUGUGGGAAUCGGAACGCCGCAGCAAAAGCUCCACCUCAAUUUCGACACUGGCUCGUCUGAUCUAUGGGUCUGGUCCACUUUAUUGCCUCCUGAUCAGAUCCAAUACGGAGAUGGGUCCACAGCCGGUGGUAGCGUUGGCACAGAUAGCGUGACGGUCGGCGGCUUGUGUGUCGAAGGACAAAGUGUCGAGCUGGCGAAGAAUCUCGCGCAGUCUUUCGAACAGAGCGCCGGAGAUGGUCUCCUCGGGCUUGCCUUUGGAAGCAUCAACACCGUCAAGCCUCAGCCCGUACACACUCCCGUUGAGAACAUGAUCGCGCAGGCCGACAUUCCUAGCAACAGUGAGCUGUUCACGUGCUAUCUGACCAGCAGUAAAGACAGUGAGCCAGACUACUAUACAUUUGGGUACAUUGACCAAGAUCUGGUGAAAGGUCGACCCAUCUACUAUGCUGCUGUCGACAGCUCUCGGGGGUUCUGGAGCGUAGCGUCGACGUCAGUGGUGAUUGAUGGCAACAAGAUACCUCUUGCCGGUAACACAGCCAUCAUGGACACAGGAACCACUUUGAGCCUCAUCGAUGAUGCGACUUGUAAGAACGUAUACGCGGCCAUACCUGGCUCACGUUACGACAACGAUCAGGGCGGAUUCAUUUUCCCCAGCAAUACCAAACCACCGGUCAUAUCAUUCGCAAUUGGUGAUCAGCACUUCACCGUGCGCAAGUCCGAUCUUGCCUUUGCAGACAUUGGUGGAGGCAUGAUGUAUGGAGGGAUCCAGUCCCGAGGCAACAUGACUUUCUCGAUUUUUGGAGGCACGCACCUCAAGGGGAUGUAUGCGAUUUUCGACCAGGGAAAGAAACAGUUUGGAUUCGUGCAGAAGCCCGAUCUGUAA